GCUAUCACACACGCAGUCCGUCCCGCGCAGUGGGUGCGCGCAGGCGUGCGCCAUGACAAGCCCGCGCCGGCUCCGAGACGACCCCGCGCCGUGACCGAGGCCAGGCGACACCGCACCGCGCGACCCCCGGCAGCAGCCGGGAAUGGAGGCCUGCUGCGCGAUCACAGCUGCCGAGGACCUUGUGGGCGACCAGAUUGUCCCGGGCGGCGGUCGUUGGGGUGCUCCACACGCCGCCGGCCUUGUCGACUCCUGGUUUCAGAUGCAGACAUCUGAGCUAGAGUCGCUGCUGUGUAAGCAGGAGGGCGCCUCACUCGCGCCCGCCCACAUGGACCUUUUCGAUGGUGGAACUUCCUCACGCGACGAUGCAUUCCUCCGGCCUGCCCUCUGGGAGGACAUCGCUUCCUCCAUCAGAAACAUCGACCCCGAGAACGCAAACAUGCUCGCGCCGCUCGGCUCCACACACGUCAAGCUGGAAGCUGACGAGGCGCUCCUGGAGGAGUGCACCACCCCGCUACUCAGUCCCCUCGAGAUCAAGACGGAGAGGCUGUGCGCGCCGCCCACGUACGCGCACCCGCAGCCGCCGCAGCACCAGCCGCCGCACCAGCCGAACACCUCGUUCGCCAAGUACCCGCCCUCGCGGCUCGUCUACAUGUCCCCGCUGACGCCGCCCAGCUCCGAGCAGGGCAGCCCCGGCAACACCAUGCAGGGCGCAGGCCGGCGCACGCCACCGCCGCCGUAUCACCCGCCGCCGCUGCUCAGGGCGCCGCACGUGCCGCCACAUCCUGGCCCGCACCAACAUCACCAUGCACAGUUUGUUCCGAUGCAGCCGAUGGCCCCGGUGCAGGUGGCGCCGCAGCCGCCGCCGCCCCCAGUGCACCACGCGCCGCUGCAGCACGCGCGCCUGGCGCCGCCGCACCACGUCAAGUACAACCGGCGGAACAACCCCGAGCUUGAGAAGAGAAGAGUGCACCAUUGUGACUUCAUAGGUUGUACCAAAGUCUACACAAAAAGUUCGCAUCUAAAGGCGCACCAGCGGAUACACACAGGUGAGAAGCCGUACACGUGUCAGUGGCCGGAGUGCGAGUGGCGAUUCGCGCGGUCUGACGAGCUGACGCGUCACUACCGCAAGCACACGGGGGCAAAGCCAUUUAAAUGCGCCGUCUGCGAGCGCUCAUUCGCACGCUCAGACCACUUGGCACUGCACAUGAAGAGGCACCUGCCUAAGACGUCUAAAUGACACACGAGGAGGGGCGGGGAUCAGCCGCCCGCUCCACACAACACUCAGGAGGAGUGCAGUGAGAGCAUCUUCCUGGAGUGUGACCUGGACACUACCCUGAUGGACACGUUCUACGGCGUACUGUGACGAGCACGGUGCUCCGGCUCAUCGGCUCACUACAUGUCAACCAUGCUUAUUGUAUAUUUUGUUAAAGCGAAGCUGACAACACCCCACGAACUUCAAGUGUCAUUGACAUUACGACUGUUAAUAAAGUUUCCAGUGAAUAUUGUUAUUGAAACAAAUCUUCCAUCGUUCAAGAGUGAUGGUACUUAAUGUGAGUAAGUAGUUAAGUACUCGUACACAACUAUCAGUUAACCAUAAAUUUACGAUUCUCGCUAUAAAGUCACAAUACGUACAAUACAACAGCAUUACCAAGGAAAUCGCUUUACAUAAUAUAUACCUUAUUAAUUGUAAAUGACUCAAUUAGUCAUGAUAUGAUGUAAAUUAAAAUGACAAACGUUUUAAUGGAGCGAGGUUUGCGACACCGUUGCUAAAGGCUCUCCUUGCUGGAGUCUUGCUUCAAUCACUGGAGCCGAGAUGUAUCCCGAUUGGUUUAAUUACAACAUGCAUUUAGUGUGCAAGUGUAACAGAAAUAACAAUUGGUCAUUGGUUCAAAUCCGAAUCACCAAUACUUUUUAUAUAAUUAGUAAAUAGCAUCUGUUGCAAAAUGUAACUUAUAAUUUAAGCCAUAAUAAUUUUAUAGACUAGUGACAGGGGAGGGUAUCAUCACAAGUAUACCCUCUGUUUACUAUCCACAUUAGAACUCUGGUAUAGACAAACCCUAAAAAUUAAGAGAUUCCUAAAAUAAUUGCUCACUACAAAAGCAACGGUGUCGAUGAAAAACUUCGUGAAUUAAAAGCUCUAAGUAUUCAUUAGAUAUGAUUAGUUAAUUUAUAGUAAGUUAAUUAAUAAGAGAGCAAGGAAUAUCCAAGAUAUUAUCUUUUAAUAUUAUUAUUGCGUAAAUAUCAGUAAGUAGAAGUAUGUUAGUCUUAAUGUACGGACGCGUGUUUCAAUGGUACGAUCUCAGCGUUGCAUGUUGUACAAAUGUAAGAAACAAUAUUCAGAGAAUAGGUAUCCUAUCUACUAACGAAAAGAUACGAACCUUUUUUAAAAAAUGGAACGUUGGAUUAAAAAUGGUGUCUAUAAUAAUCCACGUAAUAACUCUGACAGUAACGUCUUGCAGUAGCUUUAUACGGCUGACAAGAGAAAUUGAGUCAUAAAGAAUUAAAUACUUGUAAUUGCGGUUCUCAUAAAGACGGAAAAUCCGUAAGGUUUAUAAUUGAAUAUAUUAUAUUAUGUAACUUCGUACUUUACGACCUAAGAUCGUAUUAUUGGAACAUUCAAAUUUUACACUUUCUAGUCUCGAUUUAUUAAAGUUUGUUUUUCACAUUGUCAUAUCAUCAACAGAUUGCCUAUACAAUUGUCUGGCAAAAUGAAGCAACAUGUUUCAUCAUACAUAUUUUAUAAUUGAUAAAUAAUAUGUAUUUAUUUUAUACUUUCUAAUAUAUUAACAGUUAAAAUAUUAUAGAAAAUUAAUAACGUAGCGCCUAAUAUAAUGUUAACUUGUAUCUUACGAAGUGCUUUAGGCAGUUGAGUGAGGAAUAUAUUGAAUCAGCCUUAUUGCCUCCGUCCAGGUGUUUGUACGCUCGCUACGGCGACAACCGGCCACACAUUUUAUACCUAAAUCUUAUAAUAUUUACUAUAACGCAUUUGCCAUCUUGAAUAGUCACUAGUAUUUUGUGCUACUCUAAGUUAUACCUACACUGCAGCUUGAAUAACAUUAGGAAACAUCCCAUUGAACGGUGAUUGUUAUAUUAUGAUUUUGCUUCGAUAUGUAUCGGUUGUAAAGACUUGGUACCUUAUGUGUUUGUAAUCGUCUAUAAGCUUUCAAUGAUAUAUGUAUUCCAAAACGAUAUUGAGUGACUCUAAUGUUAUUUUUGUUGCAGUUUUUUCAGAAAGUAGAAUUUAAUUAAUAUUUAGCCUUAUAUUUACAAAAAAUGUAGUUUCGUUUUCAUAGCGCUUCUUGCCUCUAUUUAUAUUAUACAGUGUAACCAAGCAUAACUUGAAGUAACUACGAUAGCAUACUUGUAUUUAAUGCUGUUCCACAUCUUAUAUAAGUAUAUGUAUAUAUUUACAUGUAUAUUAUACAGGCUAUUGCUUUGUUUACUACACUUAGAAGUACAGGAAACUACAAAAAUAAGUAAAUGUAUGUACCAAGACUAUUUAUAUUGGCUGAGAUAAUACUAUACAGUUAUGAACUCGGCUGUUAUCAACAGUUUACUUAAAAGGUAAGAAAGAGUUUCAUAAAUAACAUUUUGGUAGUUAUCUGUACUUCCCCAGUGCAAUAAAGAUAUUUAAAAGAUUUUAUCAUAACCCGCACUUCACAUCCUUCAUGUACCAUAUAAGAUCUCCAUACGUAAUAAAAUCGGAGCUAACAUGUGACACCCACGCACUGUAAUCUUGCCACUGUUUCUUGCAUUUAAUUUUACGUGUAUAAACUUGUGCGAACUUUUGUAACUUUGUGAAAAUGGAACCAAAAGGUAUUUGUGCUAUAACUUUAAAUCUAAAAAACCUGAUUGUCGUGUAAGGUUAACCUCUAGUCCGGAAUGUAGUUAUUUCAAGAGAAAUUUAAUGAACUAGAGACGAAUGACUUUAUCGUAAUGCCUUUUGAAACAUUACACAAUCAGAUGAGGCCUUAAUAUUAUAGUGACUUGCUGUACGGAAGUAGUCUGUAAUCGUAACAUAGGCAAGACGAGACAACAGCUAAACGUAGAUGUUAAGGCAGAUGUAGUUGUGACGAAAGUUCGUCUGUGCUGACUUUCUUAAACCGAAUAAUUGCCAUAAACAUGUCGGUAGAUGCCAUAUUUUUAAUUAAAACUUAAUUUUAGUUUUAUAAAAAUCCGUAGUUGUAAGCUCGUUUUUCUGUAUAAAAAUCGUACCUCACUAUGUUCUGUUCUUGCUUAUUCUCUAUAAGUAUUUACUAUUGUUUCAAUUGCUACUUAUUAUUAUGCGAUUUUGUUUGUAUCUUUUUUCACGUGUAAUGUUUAUUUUUAAGUGCAUAGUUAAGUACGUUGACUAAGUCACAAGAUAAUUUAUUACCAAUGACGUGUUUUUAAAUUCUUUUUAUAUACCUAUUUUUUAUAGUUGAGUGUAAAAAGUUGAGAUAUUAUAUUGAGAAAAUAGAUAUGGAUUUAAUGUGUUUAAAUAUAGUUUGUAGAUUUUGCCAGAAGUGUGAUUUACUAACAUUUUGUUAUUUGCCACUUAUAUUGUCAUAAUUAAUUUGUUCACUGUCGCAGCGGCGUCUCGUCUGCAGUUUUAUAGAGUAAACCAUUGCAGUGUUUAUCACCUUCUUUGUGUUCUCACACAUGUUAAGCUCGAAGUAUUAUUAAUAAAUUGACAGAUAUAUUUAAGUUUGUAUUCCUUAUAAUCAAAUCACCACCGUCUUUUUUGGAAUCAAUAUAAUAAAAUAUAUGUGUUUUUGAUAUGGCUGACGGAUUUUCUCCUGAAAACGAAACAAAUAGGAACACAAAACGUGAUAAGGACUGCAAUUAUUGUUCCAAACACAAUACAAUACCUUGGAAAUCAAAAGUGCCUUCGAGCUAUGGAUUGAACCAAAUUGUAAUGAUAUUUUAAUUAGUAUAUUGUACCAUUGAUGUGUCUUAUACAGGUUUAACAUUUUACAAAGUAUUUUUAUAUUGUGUAGGAAAAAUGCCUUCGUACUAAGAGUUCAUUAUUAAUAUUCACGCACAAACAGCGUAGACGUUCACGUGAUCGCUGACGUGCCGCGUAACCGCUGCGCAGUUGAUACGUAGCGCUGUGUGGCCGCUACGUACAAAAGACGUAGCACCACGUAGCCUCUGCGUAGUCAAUAGUAGGGGCCGCAUAGCUGCUGCGUAGUAUCUACGUAGAUGCCGCGUAGCUGCUGCGUAGUCGAUAAGUUGACGUCAGGUAGCACUGCGUAGCCGAUCCGUAGACGCUGCGUAGCACUGCGUAGCUGAUCCGUAGACGCUGCGUAGCACUGCGUAGUCGAUCGGAAGAUGCUGCGUAACCCUGCGUAGUGGAUCCGCAGGAACAGAGCUAAUACUCUGCGAAGUCGUUGUCGUAUGACUACGUAAAGUGUACGUGAGUAAUACAAAAUAAAUAAGUCGUAAUUGUAAACCCAAUAAGAUCAUAAUUGUUUUUUUUUUAUCACACGAUUAAUACGAAGGCUCACUGGUUACUGUCUGAAGUACAUAUCUUUUAUAAGGAUAAAUCUUGGAAAUGAUCCAAAAUAAUGUGUAAAAUUUAAAAUAAAGUCACCCUACUUGAAGCCAUACUACUUUAAGCAACACACAUCUAUUUCGCACUGAUAUCAAUGGUACAAGAAAGUUCGUAGUCAUACGUAUUACAUGCUUAUUAUUCACUUUAUAUGUGUACGAAGCAUUGUGCCACCAGAGAGUAACGAUGUUACAACAAACUUCACAUUUCAGAACAAAUUAAAUUUAGUCACAUUUA